CUUUUAAACGGCCAGAACUCGUAAAAAUAGUAGAAAUACGUUUAUUCUUUCGAAAAUUCAAUGUUUUGUAAAAUCAAGUAAGGAUAAGAUGAUUUGAGAGAUCAGUUCAAUCAAUCAUUACUGGGUUUCCUGUGUUUGAUUGAAGGCCAGGCCAACAAAUCACUAUAGAAGAGAGAAUAUGCGGCAAUUUCAAAUUCUCCAGAAUUCCGUCUUGUUUUCUCUAAUUUUAGUCAGUGGAUCCAUCAGAUCGAAAAGAUGGACGUCAAAUAAUAUAAUUUAUCAAUACACUUUUCAAGACCUUUUCCCCUUUUGUCCAAAAGGUGUCAAUUUUACCGAGUGGGACUUCGCUGAAUCAAACCUUCUUGCAGAAACAUUUCCAAUCGAUCCAGAAACGAGAAACUAUGUACGACAAGUUCGCAGGUAUGUGUUUUCCUACGUAAAGCCAACUCCAUUAAGGGCGCGGCCUUCUCUGGUAGCUGUGUCUUCGGAGGUUUUGGCGGACAUUUUGGAUAUCAACCCUGAAAGUGUUACAAUGGAGUCACGUGAUAGGUUUGUCCGACUUGUGUCCGGGACAGAAGUGGCGUCACAGAGUGUGCCAUUGGCGCAUCGUUAUGGUGGACAUCAGUUUGGUGAUUGGUCAGGACAGCUUGGUGAUGGAAGGGCUGUUAUGUUGGGAGAAUAUGUCAACAGUAAAGGCGAACGCUGGGAGCUACAGCUGAAGGGGUCAGGGAAAACCCCCUAUUCAAGACAUGGUGAUGGCCGGGCUGUGUUUCGUUCAUCUGUCCGAGAGUUCUUAGCAAGUGAAGCAAUGCAUUAUCUGGGAGUUCCAACUAGCCGAGUUGCAAGUCUUGUUGUAAGUGACGAGCAAGUAUGGAGAGACCAAUUCUAUGAUGGUCACCCAAUAAGAGAGAAAGCUGCUGUUGUUUUACGUCUUGCAAAGUCUUGGUUUAGAAUCGGUUCCUUAGAGAUUCUAACAAGCAAUGGAGAAACAGAUCUCUUGAGGAAAGUGGUUGAUUUUGUCAUUGAGCAGCAUUUCAACAAGAUAAAAGACUCCAAAGAGAAAUACCUGGAAUUUUUCUCCCAAGUUGUUACCAAGACAGCACAUAUGAUUGCCAUAUGGCAGGCCCUCGGAUUUGCUCAUGGAGUGUGUAACACUGAUAAUUUCAGUCUACUCUCUAUGACCAUUGACUAUGGACCUUUCGGCUUUAUGGAUACAUAUAACUCAGAUUUUGUACCCAACACUUCAGAUGAUGAGGGCCGAUACAGCUUCAGCAACCAGCCCAGUGCUGGACAAUACAAUCUGGCCAAACUUCUUGAUGCAUUGUCACCUCUCAUCGACCUUGCAAGUGGUAAGAAAAUCCUUCAGGGGUAUGCUGCAGAAUUCAACAAUUGCUUUAUGGAUCUGCACAGACAGAAGUUGGGUCUUGUUGGUAGAAGAGAUGAGGAUGACAUGUUAAUCAAAUCAUUUCUCCAGAUGAUGGAGUCAUCACAAACAGACUUCACCAUGACCUUCCGACAGCUUGGUAACCUCAUCCUUGGACAUAUCGAGCAAGGUGUAAUCCCUCCUGGUGCCUGGGCACUAGACAAGCUCAAGCAGCAAAAAAACUGGCGUGACUGGCUGGGGCGUUACCAAGAGAGACUGGGCAGGAACGGUGACCAUGAUACGGACGAAAAGCGGAGAAUCAGAAUGCACGCGGUCAAUCCUCGAUACGUACUACGUAACUGGAUGGCACAGACUGCCAUUGACAAAGCGAAUCGAGGCGACUACACCGAGAUUCGACACUUGAUGGAUGUUUUACAGCGGCCUUUUAACUAUCAGGAGUCGGCAGAGAGAGCAGGAUAUGCCGCACCCCCACCCCCUUGGUCUACAAAAUUGCGCGUCAGCUGCUCCUCGUAGCUGGCGCGAUGUUUCCAUGACAACAGGACAGUUUUAUCAAGACUAAAAACGGACGGAAUACGACCUGAAACUCUAUUUGAAAUUGAUAAGAAUAUUAUUGUAAAAAUAGCAGAAAAUGCUUUGCUUUGUAUGACAUUAUUUUGUUGCAUUUCUAUUUAUUUUAGGUUUUGUGUUUAUACUUUUCAUGGUAUCAAAACGGCUUUUUGUUUAUUUUUUUGUCGUAGACCGUGUCGGUCUGGGUUGUGGAGCAACCUGCUCCAUCCAACAAUGGCAAUAAUAAAUACGAGAUUCUCGCAAA